CCGGAAGUGAGCGCCCAUGUAAUCUGCCUGACGGGAGGAUGGCUGAUGACGAGAACCUCAAAACGGAGGCUUCACACCCUGCGGCAACGAAACCCCGUCCAAAAAAAGUCCUGCUGAAUUGACUCACUCGACUUCCAGACAUAGUUUGUCCUGUAGAUGGUGCUGUUUGUCGAGUUUUUAUGCCCUUCUUUCGUUUGAAGAAGAGGAUUAAAGCUCAGAGAGAAAAGUCUGUCCCAGAAUAGAAGGGCUUGAAAGCAGGCUUGUGAACAUGCUAACCCCAGAGCUCCCCAUAUUAGAGAGGAGGAACUGGCUCAUUCAUCUACACUACAUCCGUAAAGACUAUGAGACAUGCAAGGCGAUUAUAAAAGAACAGCUGCAAGAGACUCAGGGGAUGUGUGAAUAUGCCAUAUAUGUCCAAGCUCUGAUCCUACGUGUAGAAGGGAAGAUCCAGCAAUCCCUAGAGCUGUUUCAAAGCUGCGCCAUCCUCAACCCUACCAGCUCAGACAACCUCAAACAAGUGGCUCGCUCCCUAUUUCUCUUAGGGAAACAUAAGGCUGCCAUCGAGGUUUACAACGAGGCGGCCCGUCUCAAUCAGAAAGACUGGGAGAUCAAUCAUAAUCUCGGAGUUUGCUACAUCUACACUAAAGACUUCAAGAGCGCUGAGGAGCAUCUUAACAUGGCGCUACAGCUUAACAAACACGACAUGACUUACGUGAUGCUGGGAAAGAUCUACCUGUUACAGGGGGACACCGAGAGGGCCAUUGAGAUCUACAAGAUCGCAGUGGAGUUUUCCCCAGAGAACACGGAGUUGCUGACCACACUGGGGCUCUUGUAUAUGCAGCUCGGAAAAUAUCAGAGGGCCUUCGAACAUCUUGGAAAUGCUUUGACAUAUGACCCAAACAAUUACAAGGCCAUUUUGGCAGCAGGAAGUAUGAUGCAGACACACGGGGAUUUCGAUGUGGCCAUGAAUAAAUAUCGUGUGGCAGCUUUCACUGUGCCCGAGAGCCCCCAGCUCUGGAAUAACAUAGGCAUGUGCUUCUUCGGCAAGAAGAAAUAUGUCGCUGCUAUAAGCUGUCUGAAGAGAGCAAACUAUCUGUCUCCGUUUGAUUGGAAGGUCUUGUACAAUCUGGGUCUAGUGCAUCUCACAAUGCAGCAGUACGCCUCAGCCUUCCACUUCCUCAGCGCUGCUAUUAACCUGAAUCCACGCAUGGGAGAACUCUACAUGCUUCUCGCUGUUGCCCUGACCAAUCUGGACGAUGUAGAAAACGCACGCAGGUCGUAUGAACAAGCUGUUCUGCUCGACGUAUCCAACCCUCUGGUGAAUCUGAAUUUUGCAGUGUUGUUGUAUAAUCAGGGAGACAAGAAGGCAGCACUGCAGCAGUAUCAGGAGAUGGAGAAAAAAGUCAACAUGCUGAUCGAGCGCAACAGCAACACCGAGUUCGACCCUGAGAUCGUAGAGAUGGCUCAUAAAAUGGGUGCAGCCCUUCAGGCUGGGGAAAAUAUAUUCUGGUCGAAACCAGGCAAAGAAUCCAAGAGCAGCCAGCGCUCGUCUUUCAGCAAGACGUCCUCUUCCCAGCAGCCCCUGGGCUCCAAUCAGGCCCUGGGCCAGGCCAUGUCAUCAGCUGCAGGAUAUAGUAAAAGCAUACAGCUGGCUGCAGAGCCAGAUGUAGAGAGUGCACCAGCACCUCCGUCUGAACCUCCAGGAACGGCUCAACGUGAUGGUGAGGAUGCAGAUCUUCACAAAUCCAAGGAGAAAAAGAAGAGCAAACCCAAAGCAUCGGCGGAGUAGAGCUUCCUAAGCAUAGACAAAUGCUAACUUCUGCAGUGUGCGCAAGCUUUAUAUAGUAUCUUUCUCUCCUAUAGUGUAAUUAUUUUUUUAGGCACGAGGUUUGUACAGUUUUUACAUUACGCUUUUUUUUUUCUCUCCUUUUUAAUUUGGUGAUAUCAUUAAGUAUAUGAACAGGUAACUCAGUGAAUACAAUCAGAGUUAGUACAGGAGCAGCUCAGGAAUGAUUCGAUUUUUAAGCACAUGAACAGUAAGAGGGUUUUAAUAUUAUACAGAAUCAUACGUUACAUUGUUCGAUUAAGAUAGACUUUAUUGACCUUUGUAUCUGAGCUAAAGUUAAAAAUAAACAUGUUCUGCUA